GAAACAAUUCAGAAAACAUGCCAAACGAAACACAACCUUUGCUGAGAAGUCGCACGGACGAGAGGCGUUCACAACCACCCGCGCAUGAGAUUACUUCCCGGCCACAGAACAAUGAAGACUACCCGGUUGAUCAUGGCUAUGUGGCGUGGAUACAAGUUCUGGGCGGCUUCAUCCUAUUUAUGAACAGUUGGGGUCUUCCCAAUGCCUUUGGAGUGUUCCAAACGUAUUAUGUCGACACCUUGAUGCCAGAGCAGGACGCUUCCACAAUCGCGUGGAUUGGAUCGGUUCAGCUCUUUUUCACGACUAUCGGGUGUCUUCCAAAUGGCGUGUUGCUUGACCGUGGAUAUCUUAAAAGCCUCAUUGCAGCAGGGACCAUCCUCGAGGUUCUGGGACUCAUCCUUACUUCAUUCUUCAAGGGUUUUUGGCCAAUCCUGUUCGCCCAAGGAGUUUGCAUGGGUAUUGGGAGUGGGUUUUUGGCGUUGAUUCCUGUUGCCAUCCUGGCCAUGUUCUUUGAGAAGAAGAGGAUGUUGGCGACUGGGCUGGCGUCGACGGGUGCCAGUGUUGCCGGAAUUGCCUACACGCUUGCCAUGCGGUCCCUCUUCGUCAGCGUCGGCUUCUCGUGGGCUGUUCGCAUACUCGCGCUCGUUAUCCUGGCUACCAAUGUCGUUGCCUUCCUCGUCAUGCGACUCCAGCUCCAAUACGGAUCCAAGGGCUCGAAGUUUGGAUUCCACCACUUCAAAGAUCUGCCCUACACGGCCUUUGUGUGUGCGUUCACGCUCUUCGUAGCGUCGUCAUUCGUCCCGUUCUUCUUCAUUCAGGAGUAUGCGCUGAAUCUUGGAGUGUCAACUGACAUGGCCUUCAAUCUCCUGAGCAUCAUGAACGCCGCCAACAUCUUCGGCCGAUUCGUGCCCAACUACAUCGCUGAUAGAUACGGCGGAGUGAACACCCUCCUCCCUCUCAGCAUAGCGUGCAUCAUCACGCUCUGCAUGCUUCCCCUGGCGCAAACACUACCUUCUCUGAUCGCCAUCAGCAUCGUGUACGGUUUCCUUUCCGGUGGCGUCAUCAUCAUCCCUGGACCUACAAUCACCGACCUCUCCCCAAGUAAUGCAGACAUGGGAGUUCGACUAGGGCUCGCGUAUCUCGUCGCAGCUUUUGGCGGACUUAUCGGGAACCCGCUUGCUGGUGCAGUCAAGGGAGUCGGAGGAGAUACAGUGCAGAACUUCCGUGGUGUUUGGUGGUGCGGUGCAGCGGUCAUGAGUCUUGGUGUUGUUGCGUUGGUAGCGACGAGGUGGUUGAAGCUGGGCUCUGCGUUUGCGGUUGGUCGUGUAUGA